ACCACCGCCACCGCCCCAGGGUGUUUGUCCUGAGCGCUGGGAGCAGACGAGGAGACACUGUCGUGAAGCCUGGGCUGACCGAGGGGGGAGAAGCCAACCGGCGAGGCUCCGACUGGGACAAAAGGAUAGCAGAACAAGGGCGGACAGGACAGGACAGGGGGAAGGAAGAAGGAGCGGACGCAGGAGGAGUGCUGACAUUUAGCAGAAGAUGGGCACGUACACAGUGACUCUGAAUGGCCCCGCUCCAUGGGGCUUCAGACUACAGGGAGGAAAAGACUUCAACAUGCCACUAACCAUCUCCAGGAUAACUCCUGCCAGCAAGGCAGCGGGUGGCAGCCUGGCCCAGGGCGACAUCAUCACAGCCAUUGAUGGAGUCAGCACCGAGGGGCUGACACACCUGGAGGCCCAGAACAAGAUCAAGUCCGCCACAAACAGACUGUCACUCACAAUGCAGAAAUCAAGACGUCCGGCUCCGGUCCCCACGGCAACUCCAAGAGUGGACUCCCCCAUGCCUGUCAUCCCACAUCAGAAGGUUAUCGCAAACACAGCUGCAAAUGUGGAGUACGCUCCCAGCUUCAACCCCAUCGCUUUGAAAGACUCCGCCCUGUCCACCCACAAGCCCAUUGAAGUGAGGGGUCCCGGAGGAAAGGCCACCAUCGUUCACGCUCAGUACAACACGCCCAUCAGCAUGUACUCACAGGACGCCAUCAUGGACGCAAUAGCAGGACAGUCGCAGGCCAAAGGACACGACAGUGAGGAGGCCGGCUCUCCCCUGGCUGGGGUUCUGCCCGUUAAGGAGCCGGUGGUGGACUGUGCGUCACCCGUAUAUCAAGCGGUCAUCAGGCCUGGAGACACGACCCAGGACAUGUCUGAGUGGGCUCGGCGUGCUGCCAACCUGCAGUCUAAAAGCUUCAGGAUCCUGGCCCACAUCACUGGCACCGAAUACCUGCAAGAUCCUGAUGAGGAAGCUCUGCAGAAGGCGAGAGAAAGGUUCGAGUCUGAAGUCAAAGGGCCUCGCUUUGCCAAGCUGAAGAACUGGCACCACGGAUUGUCUGCACAGAUCCUCAAUGUCCAGGAGUAAAGAGGAGCAAAGCAGGGAGGAGACGGACAAAAGCAAGAAAGGACAUGUAAACAUGGGCGAAACCUUCAGAGUUGAUAAAAAUGGAGUGAAAGAGGAGGAAGCUCCUCGGGAAUGUGAGAUCUGCAGCUUAGAUUAGUGGAAUGUGAAGUAGCACAUGUUAGCGUGUGAAUGCUUUUAUGUUUAUAUGCUUAAGUGUCAAAUAUAUCUGUCUGCUGCUAAAACCUUAUCUCACAUUUGGGUUUUUUUCUUUUUUUUUUUUUCCUGAUAAUUUGCGUUCUCCAUCUCUGAAGAAUGAAGUGUUGUGCAAACAGAGCAGCAUAGAAGAGAAAAUGCAGAAAUCACAAAAACAUUUUGUGUCCCAGAAGAGAAACUGCAUUCAGAAACGUCCGAGUUUCAACCUGUUUGCCUGAUGUGAGAGUAGGACAGCGAUGUUCAGAGAGAUUUAUCUUCAUACACAGAUACAGUAUGUAAAAAAAUGCACUCUAAAAUGUACUGAUGUCAAUGUGAAUAAAUGUUUUCUUAAAUCUA